CGUGUGGCCCUGGGCAGUCCCCACAAGAAAGCAACAGGGGAGGUGGCUGGGCUCGGGAGGCAGAGGUCCCCUCCCCCCAACCCCAGGGAGCGGAGAGCCGGAGUUCUGGAAGCGGCCUUGACCCACGGGGUGGGAGGAGGAGCCGAGGCGCCCGCCUGGUCGACAUUCCAAGCCCGUUAGUCCCUUCUUCCAGGUCUCGAUUUCCCAGUUUCCUGCCAAGUGUUUUCAGUGUCGGUCUCUAGAACGCAUCUUACAUAUUAAAAAUGGCCGUAAGGAUGUCUGCCUCUAUGGAGGGGCUCCGGGCCGCCCCGAGGCCAGAAGCCCCGCGCAGGCGAGCGUGGGAACGCGGCGCUGGGCCCGGAUCCCAGGCGGGAGGGGCGCGGGGCUGGGUGGGGCGUCCUCUGGUCUCUGCUGCCCUCUGGUGGCGGCCUUGGGCUCCAGCCGGCGAGCUCCGCGCGGCUCGGCCCUUUCCCGCCCACUCUCGCCCCGCCCCGGCAGAGGAGUACCAGUGCACUGGCAUCCUCGAGGUGGACUUCGCUGAGCUCUGCACGCGGUGGGGCUACACGGACUUCCCCAAAGUGGUCACCCGACCCCGCCCGCAGCCGACCUUCGCCCCCUCGGCCUCUACGUCGGAGAAGCCCACAGUAGAUGACCAGCGGCUGUCGGGGUCCUGCAGCCUCAACAGCCUGGAGAGCAAAUACGUGUUCUUCCGGCCCACCAUCCAGGUGGAGCUGGAGCCGGAGGACAAGUCCGUGAAGGAAAUCUACAUUCGCGGUUGGAAGGUUGAGGAGCGGAUCCUGGGUAUCUUCUCGAAGUGUCUGCCCUCCCUCAGCCAGCUGCAGGCCAUCAACUUGUGGAAGGUGGGGCUGACUGAUAAGACCCUGACUACCUUCAUCGCCCUCUUGCCUCUCUGCUCAUCCACGCUCAGGAAGGUGUCUCUGGAGGGGAACCCACUGCCGGAGCAGUCCUACCACAAGCUCAUGGCAGCAGACAGCACGAUCGCGCAUUUGUCUUUGCGGAACAACAACAUCGACGACCGCGGGGCGCAGCUCCUGGGUCAGGCCCUGUCUACGCUGCACAGCUGCAACCGGACCCUGGUCUCGCUCAACCUGGGCUUCAACCACAUCGGGGACGAGGGCGCGGGCUACAUCGCAGAUGGCCUCCGGCUCAAUCGCUCCCUGCUCUGGCUGUCCCUGGCCCACAACCGCAUCCAGGACAAGGGCGCCCUGAAGCUGGCUGAGGUCCUGCGCCCGUUCGAGCUGACACAUACCGAGGUGGUGGAGCGCCGGCGCCUCCUGCUGGAGAAAGGUUCGCAGGAGCGCUCGCGAUCGCCUUCCACCUCUCGGCACGGGGACUCCAAAACAGAGCGUGACAAGAACCAGCUGAUGGGGGUCAGCAGUUUUGCACUGGUGGAGAAGGACAAGACGCAGACAGUGAAGACACCCAAGGGUCUGGGCAAGAAAAAGGAGAAGUCGGGGGAAGUGGUGAAGAAAGAGGAGAAGUCAGGGCCUGGGCAGUCACCUACACAAGGAACCCCUAAGAAAGAAGACUCCGCAAAGGCAGGCAAGGGGAAAGUAACCAUCCCUGAGCAGAAACUAAGCAAGGGAAAGGGGGCCAAGACUGGGAGCAAAGAGAAGCGCAGCAUCCUCAUGGAGUCUGAGCACUCGGGACAAAGCCUGGACUAUAACCGGCCCUCAAAACAUCAGCUGGUUGGGGAAGGUGCUGAGAUGGUCAACCCGCUCCUGGAGCCUGUGGAGCACCGCGAUGGCAAAGUUUUCAUGCCUGGGAACAAGAUCCUCUUGCACCUCAAUCUUCUCCGAAACCGCAUCACAGAGGUGGGGCUGGAGGCCUUCCUCACCGUGGUGCAGUACCAGGCGCAAUUCGCCAAAUCCAAGAGCGCGUCCAAGGGCCCCGUGGGGCUGCUGUGGCUGUCCCUGGCGAAAAACUGCUUCUCCCCACAAUGUCCUACGUACACUAUGAUCCAGGAGUUGAUGCUGCCAAGGGACCCCAUCAGUAAAUGCAAGCACAGAGAGGAGGAGCCCGUGGCUUGUUCCACCUAGCCCCACCCCCUGCUUUCCCCCAGAGAUUCUGGGCCCCGGAAGUGCCUCCUUUCCACGAGUGGGCUGGACCUCCCUGGGGAAAGCUCAGAUCAUUAACAAAGUCUAUUGCUGUACUUCUUUCCUUGAGGUUGUCUGAAAGCUCUGUCCCAGAACUGCUCAGAAUAUUUAGACUUUAUGCCUGUUGAAAGUGUGUUAAUAUGGCCAGAAAUGGCCAAAUCGCUGUAUGGUUCUGGUGGGGGGUGAUCUCAGCCCCUCUGCUUGUGGCGGGCCAGGGGCAUUGCUCUCCCACCUCCUCAGGACCUAGUUCUCGCUUGCCCAGCCUACGGUCACCCCCUCCUCCACCACCAGAGGACAUGUGAUAUGCCAGGGUUUGCAGUGUCUCUGGACUUAAGAGGCAGAAGGAAAAGUCUUGGGAGAGCAGCCAACAGACACAGUGGGAGGGAAGAGUGGGUGGGGCAGAAGCAUGGAGCCCAGGCUCCACCAUUCCACUUUCUCAGACCCCGUCCCCCUCUGGACUGGUUUGGAGAGGCAAGGGCGCAGCUUGUGAAAGCAUGCUGAGCUAGUGCGCUGCUCCAUUUGGAGAGGGUGCCGAGUCCCUCAUCACGUCUGUAGCAGAGGCGGAGCGCUGAACGUGGACCCUGACAACACUGCCUACUGCCGCCAGCAACCUGAAACCAGAGCCACCCAGACGGUGCCGGGGCAGGAGAGGCGGGGGCCCUGACUGCACCCUUCAGUGCUGCAUCCACCGCGAUGGCCUGACCAUGCCUCCGGAGCCCAGGGCUGGCUUCUGGGGAGCUGACGUUCACUCUUCUGGGAGCUGCCCGAGAAGUGUCCUUCUUCACCUCUGAGCACGUCUAACCUGGUCACAUCCUCUCGACCCCCACUCCGCUUUCCGUUGCCUCAACAGAGAUCUGCUCUCUGUGAGGCUCUGUGGCCCCCACAGUCCCUUCUCUGCCUCCAGCCGCCAGCACUGCUGCUUGGCCUCUUGGCAGCUGGCUGCUGAAGGGAGCAGGGUGCAGGAGCAGCUCUUUGAAUCUGCAACGCUGAGGACAUCACAGGUGCUUGGCGAUGACCUGUCAUUCCAGCCUCUCCUGUGCGUGGCAGGAGACACUUAUCUCAGUUUAAACACUGAGGUAAGUCUGAAGCCUUCUAAAGCUUGCGUGGAGCCUUACAGCCCAUGUCCUCAUCCCUACACUUUAUCAAGAAUGGGUCACGUAUUCAUUCUGAUGCCCAACCAGACCGUAAGCUCUCUGGGUUUAGGAGGUAAAAAAACAGAGGGGAAAGAGAAUCUGUCCCUUAGUCCAACAAUGAGAGCAAAGAGAGGAGAUCUGAAUGGUUACAGUCCUGGGGGCAUGGCCGUGUCUGACGAGCUGCUUCCGGAGGGUGUCAGAGCCUGCCAGAGGACUCGGACAGCAUCUGGCCAGGCCUCUGAGAUGACCCUCCCCUGUGUGUUGCCUUUAAAGUCCUAAAGCUCACUGAGGGCAGCCCACGAGGGCUCUUGACUCUGGGACCACUGCUCCUUUGUGCGUGUGUGUUUAGACUGAGCUAAGUGUCUUUGUAUGUCUUGGCUGUGGGGGCUGUGUCACUUGGUUUGCCCAGCUGAAGUUCAGGAAGUGCGCCCUGGAGCUUCGGGAGAGAAUAUGGCAAGGCCUGGGUCUGGGGGCUGCGUUCCAUUCCUUCUAUCCAAUGCUAACCAGUCUCAGAGGGAAUAACUACAGUAUCUUUGAUCACAGUGGUUCCAAGAAUCACACACAUACCACCACAGUUGAAGAAUAUUUAACUUUUCUUAAAAAAAAGAAAAAAAAAACUUAAC